CGUCCAGCAACGCCCACCCUCUAACGCCAUCCUCCUAACGCACCGUCUAUAGCUGCUCAACCUACACGACUGAUACGACCAAGAACCACUACGCUUUGAUAGCGUCAGACCACAUAGCUGUUCUUUGUUCACAUCAACACCCCUUCUGGUCUAGCAUUCUGGUGGCAUCACGAGCCCAUGGCGCACGCGCAGAAGCCUUCCGUGGACAGCGAGAUCCACGAACUCAACGCCGAGGCUGACUUCCUCGAGGCGAAGACGACCAUUGUCCCGCACGGCGUGAACGGCGAGGACACGAAGCUCCAGGCCCACAACUCCGAUCCUGACGCACAAGCCAUGGUCAUCGAGUCGCUCCGCGCCCAAGUUCAGGACCUCUUCUCGCAAGUGACACAGCUCAACAACAAGCUUGUGCGGUCCUACGACCGCGUCUCGGAUCUCGAGGAUGAGUUGCACGUUACUUCGUCGAACCUUCGCCAAACCACGCUGAAGAUCUCGCAACUCGAACUGGAGCGCACGCAACAUCUGUCCGCGUUGAGCACAGGUCUACUUGUGGAGAAAUCGCAUGUCACGACGGAACUCAACCGUCUCAUGGAGAGAGCAACAGAGGAGGCUGCGCGGCGGGGACAGGCAGAGUCCGCGCGGCAUGAGAUCGAGCAGGAGCUGGACGACCUCAGUGCGGGCUUAUUCAACCAAGCCAACACCAUGGUUGCUGAGGCGCGUAUGGCGGCGGCGCGGAGUGCCCGUAAACUCGAAGAGACCGAGACGGCACUCCGGGGAGCCGAAGAGAUCGUCGGCGUGCUGCAGGCGCAAAUGCAGGCUCUCCAGGCGGAGAAGGAGCAGGCGGACGUGCGGGUGGAGGAAAUGCGCGGGCGGAUGGGCAAAGGCAAGUGGGUCGAUCGCUCACCAGACGGCGGUCGCCCGCAUCGUCCACGCCUUCUGUCAACGCACGUUCCAUACCACGAAUUCCUUGUCUUCAUUUCUCACCUCCGAGCUAUUCGUCCGGCAUCAGCGCAACCGCCCGCCAUGUCCACCCUUCUUCCGCUACCGCUGCUCGCGCGUCUCGUUGCAGAGGACUCAGAUCCGACUGUUCGGCUGGACUUGGCACCUUCGCUCAACUGGCUGUCGAGGCGGUCCGUCCUUGCAGCUAUCCACAACGGGCAGCUCACAGUGGAGCCUAUGCAAUUUGCGACCCUUUUGGAAGAGCUCGCACCGCCCAGUAUACCCGCCAGCUCCCAUAAUACCCACAUCGUUUGCGCCCUCUGCGGCAUCCCAAUCUACAGCAACAGCUCUGAUUCUCCAGCGACCACACCCACCACCCCAAAUGCUGCUCGUUCGGGCUCACAGAGCGCUUCCUGGUCGACGGCUUUGUUCAAGAACGUCCGUGCAGGGGACAUCACCCUUCCCACUUCGUUCACUGGCAACGGCCGUCACUCCGCUCAGUUCGCCCUAACAAGUUCCGAGCCUCCCUCGCAGGUGUACAUUUUCCGCCUCGAAGGGACAUCAUCGGGGCUCCCAGUCUCUCUACCCCUCUCAACACAACCACCCGGUACGCCGACUCGUCAAUCCACCAUUUACCCGCUGUGCACGUCAGGGUGGUGUUUGGCGCGCUUGCGUAUGACAUGUUCCCUAUGGGCAUUCGUCCGAACCGGUAUCGUUGAGAAGGUCUGGGAGGAGCCCCCCUUUACGGAUCGCCCGAACCCCGCCCAGCUCGCCAUGAACGGUGCCGACAAGAAACACGACGGCACGAAUGGCGUUGGGCCUGCUCCCGCCAUUCCUCCGCGCCGGUCAAAGAUAGGCCUGGGAUCGAUUUGGGGUUCGAUGCAGCGUAGCCUGAGCGGGACGCGCGAACCGGAGAAGGACGCUGCGAAGCCGAGGGAGCCGCCGAAGGACGAUGUGCGGCCAAAGCUUCCCCCAAGAGACCCGUCGCGCAAGAGCCUGCCGCCUCCGCCGCCCGUACAUCCUUCCAUCGCGUCGCAUGCGCCCACGAAGUCGGUCGGGGGACAAGUCCAUUCCGUGCCGCCACCGCCGCUCCCGAGGCGGAACAAGGGACGCGAUACGACGCCUGCCGUCCCCGAGCCUGAGCUUAAAUUGGCUGAGGCAGAAGCCCCGAACGGCCAGGCACAGCCCGUGGACGAGGCUCCCGCAGCUGAGCCUCGGGCGAGCACCGAGGAGCAACCCAAGGAGGCACCAGUACCUCCCACAACAGAGCUUCUUGUCCCUCCUACACAAGUCUCCCGCACGGAGUCGCAAGACUCAUUCACGACGCCCACCGAAGAGCUCGCGCCACCGUUCUCCGUUUCUCCCGCCCCCACGGCCGUACCUCUUCCGCCCUCCCAAGCUCCGUCACCCGAGCCUCAAGAGACAGAACAACCACCCUCGGAAACAGCGGAAACCGGCACCCCGUCGGAGGCAACCCCCGCGCCCACACCUGCACCUGCGGUUCCGCCUACAGUCACAGAUGACAAGCCGCCCUCGCGCACCGCGUCCCCCGUACCCCCACCUCUCCCUCGGAGAGCUGCUGCGCGUGCGCGCCCGUCGUCCGUGAGCGUCCCGCAGGCCGCAGAGGAGGCGAAAGCCGCUUCCGCAGAGCCUGCGGCGCAGGCGUCGGAGGGCGAAGCGGCAGUCGAGAACGGUGCCGACGCGUCUGUACCUGCGGAGGGUGCUGCGCAGACCGAGCUGUCGGUUCCAGUAACGGAGGAGCCAGAGCCCAUCGCGUCUGAGUCCGAGGCAGUGGAGCCUCCCGCCCAGGCCGACGUCCCAGUGGUGUCUGCGGACGCGAAGAGCGAGGAGAAGCACGAGCCCCAGGUGAACGGAGACAGCGUGCCCCCCGCACCGGAGUCGGACGCGAAGGACGAGCCUGUGGAGGCGGAGGAGGCGGAGAAGGAGAAGGAGGACGAGGGCCAGUACGUGGGCGAUGCGACUUGGGAGGAGCGCACGUACAAGGAGCUCGUGCGUCUGCGCGAGGAGAUGUUCUGGGCGCGCGUCGGCGCGGUCGUGCACUGAUGUGCGCGCGGUCGAAAACUGGUUGCCGGGUGGCGAGGGCGGGGGGCGUUGUGAUACCCAGUCUAUGGUGGUGGCAGCGGUGGUGUUCAGUGGGUGAUUGUUUCGGUGGGUGAUCUUAUGCGCAGGUGGUAGAUGAGCGGGUUGGACGAGGGCAUCUAAUAUGUCGCUUAUGCUAGUAUUACUGUUGUACGGAGUCCGGACAGCAUGCAUAUAAUCUAAACGGACUGUCUUCAUGUCACACUCUAUCGUAGAAGCUGCACCAAAUUCUGAACUUACGAUGAUU